ACCAUUGUGUCCUUCCAGGUGUCAAUUAAAGAGGAGGACUGGAUCGUAGUGACCCUGGAGCCAUCUGACCUGCGGGAGAACGUGACGGGGUAUGCUGCCCGGGUGAUGGGCGAGCCCCGAACUCACCUGCUACCAUUCCUGAACCUGACCGACCCCACCGCGACACCUCUGGUCUUUAACUCCUCCCACCACGGACUCUGCUACACCGUUAGCCUGCUGCUCAGACAGGGGAAGACCUGGUCCAAGUCCAUCCAGACUAUAUCUGUUCUCACCAAGCCGCGUCCGGUGGACAGUGUGGUGAUCACAGACUACCCAGAGGCUCCAGAGACAGGUGUGGUGUUUGAGAUCAGCUCCCCAGAGAACAACGUCUUCAGUCGGGUCAACAUCAGCUACGCAGAGGGCCAGGAGCAGAGAUCCAUGCUCUAUAAAGACUUCUAUAAAGGGAAGACUGUGUUUAAACACUGGCUCCCUGGGACGUGUUACAGCAACAUCUCCUUCCAGCUGAUCUCUGAAGCUACAGUCAACAGAACCACACUGGUCCGACGCAGCGACCUGACCCAUGAACCCCGGCAACACAGGACAGUGCCCAACCCUCCCCUCAACAUCUCCCAUAAGAUCGUACCACUCAGCCAGAGGGUGCUACCAGGGGGGGUCCCUAGCUCCGAGGUGACCCAGGACACGCCCCGGCGGGCGCGGGAUGUCCCCCUCAUAGAGGAACAGGAAUUACAGGAGAACCAGGAGAUACAGGAAGUGAUCUCAGAGGAGGUGGUGGGCGGAACCACCCAGGUCUCCUACAGCUCCGCCCCUCAGGACUCCAACAGCUCAACGGGCUAUGCCACCUCUAUCUCUAACACUAACAACACAGAAGAAGAGACCGCCACGCAGCCCUAUUGGCCGGAGCCCUACGGUAGUCCCUCCCCUACGGAUGGAGAGGAGGAGUUUGUGAACGCGGUGGUUCCAGAGUAUGAGGACUCCAAUGAGCCGGGCUCUGCCAUGAGCCUGCCGCCAGAGAUCUCCGUCACCCCCACCCGCUUUCCCGCCAUACUGCUGGAGCUACGCUGGCUACCCCCCCGACCCCCCACCACAUACGACGGGUUCAACGUCUACAUCUACAGAGACGGUAACUCUACAGAGACGGCCACGGUGGAUGAGAACACUCAUGAGUUCUUCACGGAGCUGACAGAGCCUGGUACCUACAGAGUCCAGGUCACCACACUGAGCUCCGCAGGAGACUGUGAGGCCAGGGAGAGCACCGCGUAUACAGGGCUCACCUUCUAUCUCAGCCCCAGUGGAGAGGUGCUGGAGCAGCCCCAGGAGCGGCCCCAGGGUGUCAGUAUCAGGCUGCUGGGCUCCAGUACUGCAGCGGUGUCCUGGGCCCUGUCUUCUGAGAGCCACAACGGCAGCCUGGUGUCAGUCCUGUCCCUAACCUGCCUCCGACCCAGCCUCAGCCAACGCAUGGAGAACACAUACUGCAGUGAGGAGAACACGACCAGUGACAUCCUGUCCAACCUGACUCCAGGUGCCCAGUACAGAGUGGUGGUGUACCAUACUAACUGGUCCUCUCAUCAGUCUCAGACCUUACUACCUGGGCUGGAACCUGUUAUUAUAGUCACUGGACAUUCUUCUUCAACCCUGUCUCCUGGCCUCCGAGUGGACAGGUCUACGAGAUCGCUGCUACCGCCUCUGAGAGUGACAGAUCUGUUGCCGGCCUGGUACUACAACUUCCGUGUUACCAUGGUGACGUGGGGCGAUCCCCCUCUCAGCUGCUGUGACAGCUCUACUGUUAGCUUUGUUACAGCUCCUGAAGCCCCCCACAUCUCGUCAGUAGACUACAACCAUGGGACUCUGUACGUCCGCUGGACCUACGGGGAGCUCUUCAUAGACAUGUCCCACAGCAGGAUGCUACACUGGCAGGUCACAGCUCACGGCAAAAGGGAUACAAGAGGACUUACUCCACUGAU